UAGCAUAUUUGUGACUUUGAUACUCAUCAUGCUGCGGAUCGCCCCAAAGCAGUGCUGUUGCAGUUUUUGACCGUGUUUACCCCAAUAUUUCCUCGACCCAGACUUACAAGACUUAACGGAAACAUGGCGAAUCUAAAGACGGUCCGUUUGGCACCGUAGUGUGGGUAUAUAGAGACGGAACGACGCAGGAACAAGGAAGGCUCGUGACCGAGGAGCACCACUUUAUACAGCCUUUUCAAGUGCAGGCGGACAAAAGUCAUAAAGAACUUGACAGUGGUUCUUCCAACAUUAUUUAUAUGAGGGAUGAGGGAUGAAGGAUGAGGGGAAACCAUAAGGCAGCAAUCAGUUUCUAAGCAACAGCACCCACAACUCAGCAUGGGCUACAAGGUACCCGGGGCAGCAGACCGAGUGAGUCAGCUAUGGCGUCUGAGGCGUCGUGCUCGCCGUGGUGCACUCUGCAUGGCCUUCUUCUGCAUCUCCAUGGCUCUGCUGUACGCCCUGUGUGCAGAGAACAGCGUACCCGUCACCGACGCUAUCUUUGGCGUGCGGGCGCGGACCCGGGCCCAACCUCGCACACACUCUGUCAUCAAGGUGCAGCGAGGUGGAUCCAAGCCCGCGCUCGUUGACCCCCAAAAGCUUCCGGGCGUCGUCCCUGGCGACCCCCGCCGUCCGAUCCCCGUUCUGUCUUCGCCAAACCACACCCAGGAGCAUCAGACGCUAAAGCAAAAGCAAAGCAAAGAGCGUGAGGGUUUUUUCAGACGCAUGCUGCCCCGCCCUCUCAUGCGGGCACUGGAGACUCUGUUUGGAGGCCGUCGGCGGGGGGAACUGAGUGCUAAAGCGAGCGACGUCGAGUUUUUUGGCCCGAACAGCCUUUUGGGACAAGUGUGGAACGAGCAGAUGUCCACCAGCAUGCUGGGAAAUGGACUCAAGAAGGUGGUGGGGAAUUAUCAGGCGAUGAAUAAAUAUGGAGUAGAGUUCUCCAGCCCUACUGACAUCGCAAGCAGGCCAAAGCUGAGCGGUCCUGAGCUCCUCUGUGAGCUCUACAAAAAGGUGGAGGUGUCUUCGUUGACCCCUGACCUCCAGCCUCUCUUCUCUAUGACCUGGGCCUCACUGCUCCCUCCGAAGACUCUAACCGCCGACCUGGGGCCUUACAAGCAAUGUGCAGUGGUAUCCUCCGCCGGGUCACUGCGCAACUCCGGUCUGGGCAAAGAGAUCGACUCCCAUGAUGCUGUGAUGCGCUUCAACGCCGCCCCCACCACUGGCUACGAGAAGGAUGUCGGUUCUAAAACCACCAUCCGCCUUAUCAACUCUCAAGUAAUGGCUUCCGAUGACCACCACUUCCUGUCCAGUUCAUUGUACAGCUCAGGCGUAUUGGUGGCUUGGGACCCCUUUUCUGCUGACUUAACACAGUGGUUCAACCGCACCGACUACCCUAUCUUCGCCCAGUACCAGCGGUACAGGAAGCUCCACCCCCAGCAGCCCUUCUACAUUCUGCACCCUCGCUUUGAGUGGCAGGUUUGGCAGCUAAUACAAGACAACAUGGCCGAGCCCAUACAGAAGAACCCGCCCUCCUCUGGCCUGCUGGGUACAGUCCUGAUGAUGUCCCUGUGUGAGGUGGUGCACGUCUACGAGUUCCUUCCUUCACGCCGGAAGACAGCGCUUUGUCAUUACUACCAGCGCUACUACGACGCGGCCUGCACUCUCGGCGCUUACCACCCCUUGCUCUACGAGAAGAACCUGGUCAAGCGCAUGAACAGAGGGCCCGACCGCGACAUCUACAAAAAUGGACGUGUCACGCUGCCUGGGUUUCGAACCCUCAACUGCACUGAGAUUUAAUACAGUGAACCUUGCAUGAAGAACAAAAAGAACUGCCGCAUGACACAAGUUCACACACAGUCCAAUCAUCUUAAGAGCUGUGCCUGCUGACGGGUGUAUCUAAUACAAACGCCGGCAGUGAUAAUUAGCUCAACUUAGGAAGACCCUAUUUACUGCUUUACACAGCUUUAUUUAGCAUUUUGGCACAAAAUAAACAUUGCAAAAUCCUAAGGUUUUCCAUAAAGAUGCUUGAUAUAAGUAUGGUUACACAACAUACUUGACAGCAGACAUUUUUCUUGGGGGUAGGAGGUUUGUGAAAGAAAAAUGAUGAGACAUUCAAAGUCAAACACAAUUCAUUCAGUAAUGUAUCUCUGUGUGUAAAAUGUUAUUUUGUCAUUCCACUGUAAGGCACUACAUGGUUUACUUUGGAAUUUUCCAUCUUGAUUUUUUUGACAUGGUAUUCAAAGCCUGAAUGUAAAUGUUGUAAUAACUGUAGUCAAACUGUGAUAUACAUUCAAGUUAGGUUCUCAUCCACCAAAUCUUAAAUGGUAGUUAAAGACAUCAUCAAAACCUUUCAUACUCAGCCUGCGCAUUUUAAAUUCAGCUUUUGUCAAUAUACCUUCAGGCCCCUUGAUGACAAGUCGUCAAUGUUGCCAUGGUUGCGACUGCUUCUCUCCCACAACAACAGUAUUGUUGCCCUUUUUACUAUAAAAAAUGUCAAACAUUGACAGUUAUCCAAAAAUCACUAUGUAGUGGAUCAUUAUACAAAGGUUAUUUGGUUCCUAGAGAAAGAGACAAAAGAAUAAUAUAUGAAACAGAGUAUGCAUAUUAGGGGUGUGGGAAAAAAUUGAUUCGAAUACGUUGUGCAAUUCAGAAUCGAUUCUCAUUUUUAAAAAAUAGAUUUUUUUUUACCAAUUCAACAAACCACUACACAACAAUACCAUAACAAUGCAAUCCAAUUCCAAAACCAAACCUGACCCAGCAACACCCAGAACUGCAAUAAACAGAGCGAGCAAUUGAGAGGAGACACAAACGACACAGAACAAACAAAAGUCGUGAAACAAAAAUUAAUAUUAUCAACAACAGUAUCAAUAUUAUUUAUAAUUUCAGCAUAGCAGUGAUUAAAAAUCCCUCAUUGACAUUAUCAUUAGACAUUUAUAAAAAUAAAAAUAAAGAACAAUGUGGCUUACACUUGCAUCGCAUCUCAUAAGCUUGACAACACACUGUGUCCAAUAUUUUCACAAAGAUAAGUAAUAUUUUUGAUCCGUUUAAUAGUUAAAACAAAUUUACAUUAUUGAAAUCAGUUGAUAAAACAUUGUCCUUUACAAUUAUAAAAGCUUUUUUUUUUAAUCUACUCUGCUAGCAUGUCAGCAGACUGGGCUAGAUACUGCUGAAAUCCUAUGUAUUGAAUGAAUACAGAAUCAUUUUGAAUCGGAAAAAUAUCGUUUUUGAAUCUCGAAUCGAAUCGAAAAAAUCGACAUAAUAUCGAAUCGUGACCCCAAGAAUCGAUAUUGAAUCGAAUCAUGGGACACCCAAAGAUUCGCAGCCCAAAUAUAUAUGUUUGACUAAAUUUAUGUUAAAAAUACUUGCAAUUUCAAGCUGGCUGUACUCUAAUUGGUAUAAUUAUAUUCAAUAAAUAAUGAUUUUAAAAUACAUUUACAUAGGAUUAAUGCUAUUAAAUGGGAAAAAAUAUUGUUCCAACUUUUUGUCAGCUAACUCCCUACUAUAUCAGUGUUUAGUCUUCUUUUGCCUGCUCUCUGUUAGUAUUGAGGUCGACUUUGUCUCAACCAAGCACAGAAUGUACAUAACAUUAACUGUCGUCUUUUUGGUGUGUUUUUUUUGGCCAAAACACACUUUUAAUGUGAGGCAACACACUUAAUGUGAGGCACAGUAUUUGUUGCCACCAGUUGAUGUCAUCCUAAUGUAUCAUUGCACUUAAAUGUGGUGGCAAAGCUGACUUUAUUCUUCUCACUGAGCAAAAUGGGGUCAACUUCUUUUUCGAGCUGACUUGGUGAGGUUGUAAAAGUUGUGGUUAUUUUUCCGAGGGAAUCAGAGCGUAAACAUUGUUUUUUUGUUUUCGUAAUCAGCUUGUGUCAGCAGCUGAAUAAUUGAUGUCAGUGCAUUUCUGAGGAAAAUCAUUUGAUAUCUAUGCAGUUUCUCGUUGCACCUUGCAUGCUUCAUUUCUGCUGCUGUGAAGCGUCUUAUUUUUACCUCAAGAGUUGCUCGUUCUCUAGCUUUUGGCAUUCGUCCUCUUAUGAGAGGUGACAAUGUGGUAAUAUGCUUUUUUUUUAUUGUAAAUGUAACAACAUAUUUCAAAAAAAUAGUUCCCCUAAAAAUGUUGUUAGCAUGUGUUUUAUGUUUAAUCGUUUAAUGAUCCUGUAGGAAACAAUAAAAACACGAGGAUUAACACCAUUACCACCUGCAUAAUAAAGUAAACUGUGCUUCAAGAA